CUCCAUUCCCCCUGAUCUUAGACCCUAAACAAUUUUACUUUACAAAUUAACGUUUCAAAAAUUUUCAGCUUCGCAUUUCAUUUUCCCCCCAAUUUUCCUGGCAUCCAAACACGUAAGCUUUAUUAUUGUUAACGUUCGAUUAGUCAUUAUGAAGGUUCGAGAAACUUGAAACAGAAACUAAAGAAAAACAAAAGACAUUCAUGUGCAGUACCUACUUUACAGUGCAGCUACAUCUAAGAUGAAGUGAAUGCAUUUGAUGUAAACCACCACCCGUAAAAAGCCUUCUUUUAUUCUUGUAAUUGUCUCCCACAUUUUCAAGCAAAAUUUAGAAGCUUCGUCCAUUUUCUUGGGCUGGUUCAACUCGUUUGUUAACCUCACAUCUUCAACAUCUUAUUCUUCUUCCUUUUUUUUUGUGUUUUCAGACGCCUUUGGAAGGUCUCUCAGUGGCGCAAAAAAAGAAAAGAAAAGAAAAAAAAAAAAAAAGAGACGAUUUGAAGAAAGCAAAUGAGGUUGGAUUUCAAAAACAACCCAUUUCCGUUUUCAUCAUUCUCCCCUGCUCACAAGCGCAAUCAUGCGUUUGUGAAAUUUUUUGUGUGUUGUCUCUUGUUCGGUCUCGUUUUCCGCUUCUUUUUCUCGAGCUCUAUCCAAUUGUCUUCGGACUCUGCUGAUCCAGUUGACCUGGAAGGGACCUUGCCACCUUCCGUCGGUCUUCCGCCGGCCUUCGAAAAACUUCCGGUGACUGAGAUCCAGGAUACGCCGUCGGUUUCUGAUCAUUUUCGGGUCACUGAAACUCAAAGUUCUCUGAAUAUUGAAGAAUGCGACUUAUUUACGGGGCAUUGGAUCCCAAAUCCUUCCGGUCCAUUUUACUCUAACGAGAGCUGCCGUGAAAUUGAAGCUCAUCAGAAUUGUAUGACAAACGGGCGCCCUGAUUCGGGGUAUCUUUACUGGAGGUGGAAGCCACGCGACUGCGAGUUGCCCAAGUUUGAUGCCGGGAAGUUUCUUCGUUUGAUGAGGAAUAAAUCAUGGGCCUUCAUCGGUGAUUCAAUCCAACGUAAUCAUGUCCAGUCGCUACUUUGCACUCUGUCACAGGUGGAACAAGCCAUUGAUGUCUACCACGACGAGUAUUACAGAUCCAGAAAGUGGCAUUUUCCCUCUCACAACUUCACCCUUUCAGUGAUUUGGACCCCCUUCCUUAUAAAAGCUGCCAUUUUCGAAGACAUAAAUGGAGUUUCAUCCGCUGAUAUUCAACUUCAUCUUGACAAGCUCGAUUCAUUAUGGACCAAACAAUACAAGAAUUUUGAUUACAUGAUAAUUGCUGGUGGGAAGUGGUUUCUCAAAACAGCGAUCUACUAUGAGAAUGAAGCGAUCAAGGGCUGCCAUUCCUGCCAAGGUAAGAAUUUGAAGGAGCUGGGAUUUGAAUAUGCUUAUCGCAAAGGACUGCAGCUUAUCUACAACUUCAUAACAAGCUCAAAACACAAAGCAUACGUGUUCUUUAGAACCGCCACGCCGGAUCACUUUGAGAAUGGAGAGUGGUUCAGCGGGGGUUACUGCAACAGAAGUGCGCCAUUCAAAGAAGGGGAAAUUGAUAUAAGCAGCCUUGACGCAGCAAUGCGAAACAUCGAGUUGGAAGAGUUCGAGAAGGCAGCAUCCAUGGCAGCCGAAAAAGGGGUCUCCUUGAAGCUGUUGGACACAACCCGGCUUUCAUUGUUGAGGCCUGACGGGCACCCGGGAGUGUACAGGCAGUUCCAGCCCUUUGCCAAGGAUAAAAAUGCAAAAGUUCAGAAUGAUUGCCUGCAUUGGUGCUUGCCUGGGCCGAUAGAUUCAUGGAACGACUUGAUGAUGAAAAUGUUGUCCAGUGGUCAAGAACUAUGACAGCUGACGAGCAGAGCCAACUUCUCGUCGGCCCUCAGCAGGGAUGGAGAUAUUGUGAUUUCGGGGUUCUUGUGAUCUGAUCUGAAUGCAAUCUGGUAUAUUCAAAAGGGCAUGCUUUGCAGAAAUUGUACUGUAAUUGGAGCUGCAAUGAGUUGAGCGCUUGAAGAUGGCAAGAAGGAAGCGAAUGAGUAGCCAUAGACGGCAAAAACAUACUGGCUUUCUUCAUUUCAGACCCAUAUCAAGAAUCUGAAGAACGAAUUUGCUCGGUAUACAGUGAUGAAUUUCUGUAAAGCAUUGUGCUUAGUUUUCACUUUGGUGAUUGUUGUAAGCAUGUCCAUUUUUCAGAAUGAAAUUAGAUGUGGCUUAAUUUACAUUUCGUUUGAGGCCAUAUUGUGUGGUUCUAUUUUUGAAA